AUGCAUACCCCAACUUCGAACAGCUCGCACCCGUGCUCUCACUACUUCGUUGGAUUCGGACUCUUCCAGGGUUCGCCUCCAGUCUCACUGGACUUGGUGCUCUUGGGUGCGUUGGUAGCGGCCAUCCUAUUGGUAAAGUCGCUUCUCGCAAAGUCGCGACGAAACCCACGCGGCUUACCUCUCCCUCCUGGUCCGAGGGGCGUGCCAAUCCUAGGGAACCUCCUCCAGAUUCCAAAGGAGAAACCGUGGGUGGCUUACAGCGAGUGGUCCAAGCGCUAUGGCGACGCCAUCUAUCUUGAAACCGCAGGCCAGCCGGUUUUAAUCCUGAACAAGCUCUCCGAUGUGGUCGAGCUACUGGAGAGGAGAGCUCCUUACUUCUCCGAUCGUCCUUCACCCCACGUAUUUGAGAUGGCCAAGGUGGGAUGGACAAUGGGAAUCAUGAACUAUGGUUCUCGUUGGCGUUCUCAUCGACGCACGUUCCAUCAACAGUUCCACCAACGGACUGUAGUACAGUAUCGUCCCAUCAUUGAGGACGAAUGUUUGAAGUUCCAUCGCCGGUUGUUGGUUAAUCCCAAGGCAUUUCUCAAAGAGACUCGCUUUUAUUUUGGAUGUGUUAUCAUGCGCGUUUCGUAUGGGGUGGACGAUUAUGAGUACAACAAAGACCUCAUCGAUCACGCAGAGAAGGUUCUUCACGGGGUCGUUGAUAUCUUGACUCCCGGUCGUUUCUUGGUCGGACCAUUCCCGUUCCUCAAAUAUCUUCCACCAUGGAUCCCUGGAACUGCCUGGAAGAAGAGGCUUGCCGAUAUCGCCUCGUCAGCAGACACACUGGUUAUUGGCUCUUUCAAUGGCGUCAAGGAGCGCUUGCAAAAUGGACAGCAGAACGAGUUCCUAGGGAUUGGAGCUCGCCUUGUAAAUGAGCUACCUCCAGAAACCUCUCCGGACUAUAAGUUACAAGAAGAGAUAGCGAUGAGCACCACAAUUACGGCCUAUCUCGGGGGUGCGGAUACCACUGUCAGCUCAGCCCACGCAUUAUUCUUCGCAUUGGCGGCGAAUCCCGAGGUCCAACGAAAAGCCCAGGAGCAAAUCGAAGGCGCGGUUGGAGCAUAUCAGCUCCCAACGCCCGCCGAUUGCGAGCGGUUACCGUACGUCCAGGCAAUCGUCAAGGAAUUGUCUCGAUGGCACUCCGUGGUUCCAGGAGGUAUCUCUCAUGUCUCAUCGCUGGAUCAGGAAUGGAACGGUUACUUCAUUCCAAAGGGCACGACAGUGCUCGGAAACACCUGGGCAAUCAUGCAUGAUCCCGAGAGAUUCGAGGAACCACUUACCUUCAAACCUGAACGCUAUCUCAAAGACGGGAAGAUUAAUCCGUCCGUUUUGGACCCAGAAGUUGCAGCAAUCUGCCCUGGAAGGCAUUUUAGUCACGAAACGCUUACCUAUAUGACGGCAUGUCUCCUGGCCAUCUACGAAAUCAAGCCACCCAAAGGGCCGGGUGGAGAGGCCUUGGCUAUGGGGCAACUGCAAGUAACCAACGACAGCAUCAGUGUGCCCUUGCCAUUCGAUUGCGAUAUUGUUCCACGGUCCGAGAGGCAUGCAGCGCUUUUGUCGAUGUGA